AUGCCUAUAGAGGAAAAUAGCCGUCUGGUGUCUCCUCGCCAGGAAGUACGCAAUCCGCCCAGUUCGAUUCUGUCAAUCAACAUUAACAAUUUGGAUGAGAAUGACUUGGAGAAUAUUGACGUGGACACUUUGGUAAACAUCAAGGGAUUGGAUACGACUACAUCUCUGAAGGAUCUUCCGUUGGACAGCGUGAAGGAUAUCGAUAUCGGUUUGGAAGAUUUUAGCUCGAUCAACUCGAAGGACAUUUGCGCGAUCUGUCACCAACACAAGCCAAACGAGGUCGAUCAGUUAAUAAAAUGCACGCACUGCGGGAACAAAUACCAUACAACUUGCUUGAAGUUGCCGCCCAUUCCAUACUCCGUUCUGAUUCCACUCGAAAAGAGAAAGCAUGACAACUAUGUUAAAGACAAUUAUGGCAAAUGGUUGUGUUCAAACUGCAAGAAAAAGGAACCUUCGACCUCUGGCAUGCAAUCUCCCAGUAUCCAGUCUCCUGCUACUUCUCCCAAGAGGCCACAUAUCGGUAUCAGUCCGAUUCCUUUCUUCAGACCUUCAGGAAAGACUACGACACCACUUACUCCCAGUUCACCAAAGCUCACACCCUCUUUGCCGGCGUUGGUGCCAUCUCCAAACAGUCAACUUUCUCCUUCGCCUAUUUCUUCACCUCGUCCUGUUCAACCUGUUAUAAAGAAGGCAGCAGGGGCGGAUCUUUCCAAUGGUGGAGUGAUCGUUGGCACGCAAGAUUAUUUGUGGCUACAAAAGCAAAUGAAGAUAGGAAAAGUUCCAGAAAUUCCUUCUGUCCCGAUUCCUAAGCUAGAGACACAGUUGGUACCUAUUUAUACAGACAGCGAGGCAUCAUCAGAGGAUGAAGCGGCAUCUACAACAGCAUCUACAACAGCAUCUACAACAGCAUCUACAACAGCAUCUACAACAGCGCCAAAGCAGACAAAAAAGAAGCACAUCAAGACCGAAAAACUGAGAUCAUUUUUGCAAAGCUUAUUGGUAAUGCCGAAUGAUACUACAGAUUUUGAUGAAUUCAUCGUGAAAGUAACAGAUUUAGUGAAACAGAAUAGCCAUCCAUCCGAUUUGGAUCUCGUAUACGCAGUUCCUGUGUUUUUGUUGAGAUCUAUGUUACAAACCGCGGCUAUCUCUCCAUCAUCGAUUCCGAUGAGUGGAAUUUCGAAGAUUGAUGGAAAGGAAGUGACUCGAAUAGCAGAUCAUCCUAAAUUAAAGCCUUAUUUUGACCGUUUACAGAAAAGUGAGAAGGUAGAAGAUAUUAAAAAAGAUAUGACUGGGGCUGGAAUUGAUGAUUCCCUGCUUGAUAAAGAUCCCAAUACAGUCGUUCUGUUAGACAAUUACAAUGUAUCCUAUGUGCAAUUCGAGAAAACUUCUGUCUCUAAACCGCAGGAAGAUGAGGUGAGCACGAGUGUAAUUCGUCUGAAAGCUACGGAUCACCCGCUCUUUAGGAAGUAUUUCAAUAUGCUAAAGCGAAAUAUUCCUAGAACAGAUGUGGAGAAAAACAUGAUUAGUUGUGGACUAGAUCCAUCUGUUUUGAAUAAGCCGAAUGAAUUAGUGGAGUAUGUGCCCCCUCCUCCUCUUCCUACGCAAGAGUCUACAGAUAAGGUGAUUUCUAAGCCUGAAAUAGAACCUAUAAAGUCUGUGGAGCCAAAGAAAGUAUCUACAAAGAAGAUAGUGAAGUUAUGCGAACAUCCUGUAUAUUCUAAAUACUUCAACAUGUUGAAAAAGGGAGUUCCCGAGGUAGCUGUUCGUCACUCGAUGAUGCGAGACAAGGUUGAUAGUUCUAUACUGGAUCGCGAUCCUAAUGAAGAAAUUGAGAUCGAAAUCGAAAUUGAAGUAGAAGAAGGAGCAACAGCAGCAACACCAUCAAAGAAGAAAGUAAAGUUAUGUGAACAUCCUGUAUAUUCUAAAUACUUUAACAUGUUGAAAAAGGGAGUUCCCGAGGUAGCUGUUCGUCACUCGAUGAUGCGAGACAAGGUCGAUAGUUCUAUAUUAGACAGAGAUCCUAAUGAAGAAAUCGAAAUUGAAGUAGAAGAAGGAGCAACAACAACACCAUCAAAGAAGAAAGUAAAGUUAUGCGAACAUCCUGUAUAUUCUAAAUACUUCAACAUGUUGAAAAAGGGAGUUCCCGAGGUAGCUGUUCGCCACUCGAUGAUGCGAGACAAGGUUGAUAGUUCUAUUCUGGAUCGAGAUCCUAAUGAAGAAAUUGAACUCGAAACCGAAGAAGAAGGAGCAACAACAACACCAUCAAAGAAUGAAGAAGAAGGAGUAACAACAACACCAUCAAAGAAGAUAGUGAAGUUAUGUGAACAUCCUGUAUAUUCUAAAUACUUUAACAUGUUGAAAAAGGGAGUUCCCGAAGUAGCUGUUCGUCAUUCAAUGAUGCGAGACAAAGUUGACAGCUCUAUUCUGGAUCGUGAUCCUAAUGAAGAAAUUGAACUCGAAACCGAAGAAGAAGGAACAACAGCAACACCAUCAAAGAAGAAAGUAAAGUUAUGCGAACAUCCUGUAUAUUCUAAAUACUUCAACAUGCUGAAAAAGGGAGUUCCCGAGGUAGCUGUUCGUCAUUCAAUGAUGCGAGAUAAAGUUGAUAGUUCUAUUCUGGACAGAGAUCCUAAUGAAGAAAUCGAAAUUGAAGAAGAAGGAGCAACACCAUCAAAGAAGAAAGUAAAACUAUGCGAACAUCCUGUAUAUUCUAAAUACUUCAACAUGUUAAAGAAAGGAUUACCUGAAACAGCUGUUCGUCACUCAAUGAUGCGAGACAAAGUCGAUAGUUCUAUAUUAGACAGAGAUCCUAAUGAAGAAAUCGAAAUUGAAGUAGAAGAAGGAGCAACAACAACACCAACAAAGAAGAAAGUAAAGUUAUGCGAACAUCCUGUAUAUUCUAAAUACUUCAACAUGUUAAAGAAAGGAUUACCUGAAACAGCUGUUCGUCAUUCGAUGAUGCGAGAUAAGGUUGACAGCUCUAUAUUGGAUCGCGAUCCUAAUGAAGAAAUCGAAAUUGAAGAAGAAGGAGCAACAACAACACCAUCAAAGAAGAAAGUGAAACGCAAAACAACGCGAAAGAAGAUUCACUGGCACCCAGUCAAGCUUUCUGAGGAGGAUGUAUACCAUGUCUUUAUAGAUUCAUUUGUAACACUCACAUUCCUUCAAGAAGAUGAUGCUCUCAUGACUGAGUUCGAAAAUAUCUUUGUCAACAAUCCAGAUGAAAAUAAGCCUGUGGAGGCUAAGCCGGUCGUCGAGAAGAAGCCUCGAUUUGCGACCUUCCUGGACGGAAAGCGUUCUACAAACGUUGGCAUUUCAAUCUCCAAAAUCAAGGUUGAACCUUCAGUUUUGCGUCGUUCUCUUCUAUUACUAGAGCCGGAACUCGCGGAUAUCUCUCUCUCCACUCUUGAGUCGCUUAAUGUUGCUCUUCCCACGCCAGAAGAUCUCAAAGCUUCUUCUGCUUAUACUGGAGAUCCCGAGAAACUGGCUCCAUCCGACCGUUUUAUUUACGAAAUGGCGAAACUCCCUCGCUGUCGAAACAAGCUGGAUUGUUUGUCUCUGAAAAUGACGAUUACGUCAAGUAUUGAAGACAUCAAGCAGCGUGUCGGAUUUAUCACCCAGGCUUGUUCUGAGUUGCGUACAAGUCAGCGAUUCCGCACACUGAUUGAGUGUGUGCUGAUGAUUGGUAAUACUCUAAACGUGCAGAACGAAGAAGCCUCUCGUAUGGUGAUUGUUCAGGCGUUCCAACUGGACUCGUUGCUGAACCUAACGAAUACCAAGGGAUUCGAUAAGAAAACAUCGUUAUUCAUGUAUCUGGAGAAGCUUUUGGUGCUAAAACAUCCCGAUGUGUUCGAUGUACAGAUGGAGUUGAAGAGCUUGCCACAGGCAGCUCGCGAAAGCUUCGAAAGCAUUCAAAAGGAUCAGGAUACGCUGAGCAGACAGCUGGAGUCGGUGGCAAGUGAGCUGAAGAGUAUAGAAAACGAAGUGUCGUCUGCAGAAGAGGCUGCGAAACGAUUGGGAGAUUUCGCUUCAACGGCGCAAGUUCAGAUCGUGGAUUUGCGGAACGAAGUGGACAAUGUGAAGGAGACGUAUAUGGAUUUCUUGCAGUAUUUCUGCCAGGACACGACGCUCAAGUCCGACGAGUUUUUCGCAUCAUUAAACGGAUUUUUCGACGAGUUGCAAUCGUUACACGCAAAGAUGACAGAGCAGAGAGAGCGUAUGCAGCGAAAGAAGGAGAAGGAAAAACAGAAAGAGCUGUUAUCGAAGAAGCAAAGUACUGCGACCAGUCCAGUUUCAAGUAAAUCAGAAUCAUCUUCCAGUAGUGUGUAA